UCUGUGUCUCAGACGGACUCUGGCGCCCCCUGCCUGCGGUGGACAGAGUUUCCAGACUACGUGCUGCAGUACCCUGGCCGAGGCCUUGGGGAGCACAGCUACUGUCGUAACCCUGACAGAGAGUCCAACCCCUGGUGCUUCUUCAGACAGACUUCUGGGGCCAUCGGCUGGUCCUACUGCGACUGCCACCAGGGUGCAGCUCGGCUGGUGGGCGGGACAUCGUCAGGAAGUGGACGUGUGGAGGUGUACCUGAAUGGUCAGUGGGGGGCGGUGUGUGACUCUCAUUGGACAGACAGAGAUGCCAGUGUGAUCUGCAGACAGCUGGGACUGGGUGAGAUCGGCACAGCGUUGCAGCACUCCCGGUUCGGCUCGGGCUCCGGUCUCUUCCACUAUGAGCGGCUGGGUUGCCGUGGUGAUGAGAGCUCCAUCAGCCAAUGCCGGAGCAGGACAUUUGUUACCGGGGAUUGUAGCCAUGGAAACGAGGCAGGGGUGGUGUGUGCUCCACCAAAAGGCAGUGGUCCUCCUCUACGAUUGGUUGGAGGAGAGGAAGACUUUGAGGGGCGUGUUGAGGUGUUCCAUGGCGGUAGGUGGGGCUCUGUCUGCGAUGACCAAUGGGACGACAGAGAUGCAGAGGUGGUCUGUCGACAGCUGGGCUUCGGGGGUGUGGCGAAGGCCUGGUCAUGGGCCCACUUUGGACAGGGCUCAGGUCCCAUUCAAUUGGACGCUGUAAGGUGUACAGGAAAUGAACUCUUCUUGGACCAGUGUCUUCAUGGAGACUGGGAACAACACAACUGUGACCAUAUGGAAGAUGCUGGGGUGUCCUGCAGCCCCUACACAGACGGUGUGGUCCGGUUGGUAGGAGGAGACAGUCCAUGGGAGGGUCGUGUUGAAGUGUUCCACUCUGGGGACUGGGGUACGGUGUGCGACGACCACUGGACUCAACAACACGCACAGGUGGUCUGUCGACAGCUCGGAUACAGGGGACAUGCUGACGUGAUGGCUGACAGAACGUUUGGCGAGGGUUCUGGGCUCAUCCUAUUGGACGAUGUUCGCUGUGAGGGAACGGAGUCGUCCCUGCUGGACUGUCGCCAUGGCAUAUGGGGCCGUAGCGACUGUUCCCAUGGAGAGGACGUGGGCAUCCGUUGCAGAGCCGGAGCGAAAGAAGAAGAGACCAAUGAGGUCCCGGCUGUUGCACCUGCCACAGGUCCCCUGGUGCGUCUGGUAGGGGGUGGUAGCAAUAAGGAAGGUCGUGUGGAGGUGUAUCUCCAUGGAGACUGGGGAAGUAUCUGUGACUCAGGCUGGAGUAACCUGAACGCCGCCGUGGUCUGCAGACAGCUGGGCCACAGUGGUCAUGCGGUAGUGGUGGGUGGGUUCGGUCGGGGAAAGGGUCCCGUCCACCUGGACCAGGUGAGGUGUAGGGGGAAGGAGGACUUCCUGGGGGAGUGUCCAUCUCUGGGCCGCAGCCCUGAGGGCUGCAGACAGAGAGAGGAUGCAGCGGUGAGCUGUGACCCCGCCCCCCAGGCAACAGAGGGCCAAGUCAGGCCAAGUGAGCGCACCUGUGGAGUGAGGAAGGUUGUGGAGGAAGGGAACGAGAGGAAGAGUGGAGUGGGAGGAGGAGGAGAGAAUAUACUCGGCACGUCAUGGCCGUGGCAGGUGUCAGUGUGGUUGGGUUCUGAGGGGAAAGAUGGCCACCCUAUUUGCAGCGGUACUCUGAUCUCUCCCUGCUGGGCCCUCGCCUCCGCUCACUGCUUCACCAGGUUUGGUAUUGACCCGUCCCAGUACGUUGUGCGUGUCGGGGGUUCUGACCGAACUCUGACCCUGGAGAAAGUGGUGGUCCACAGGAAGUUCAGGUCAGAUCAGGGCCCUGGGGGUCAUGACCUGGCCAUGCUGAGGGUGCCCAGCCCCAAGGGUCACUGUUUGACUUUUGACCCCCACACCAAUGCUGCCUGCCUCCCCACCCCGGACACUGCGGGUGGCAAGACCCCCUCCUCCUGCAUCGCUGCGGUUACCGCAGGCUGGGACGGCCCAGAUGCUGUGCUACAGUCCUGGGUACCCCUCCUGUCGUCAUGGCAGUGUAAGAAGCGUUAUGGGGAUGGUUACUCUUCCCACGGCACGCUAUGUGCCGGCAGCCCCCCUGACACACGCCGUCUCCACAAGAACAACGGUUGCCAAGGCAACUGGGGUGGCGGGCUGGUGUGCCAGGGAGACGGGGGACGAUGGGUGUUGACCGGGAUUGUCUCCGGGGGUUACGGUUGCAGCGACCCCUCAACCCCGGCACUCUACACACGGGUCGGCCGGUUCCGGCGCUGGAUCGAGGAGGUCACACACACACACACGCAACAGCGGGAGCAGAACACACACAGUCAGGAGCACGAGGAGCUCACACACACGGAGGAGCGGAGCAUACUCACAUACGUUUAUGACGAGCUGCAACACACACAUUCCCAAGAGCAGAGCACACACACUGAUGAUCAAUUCAUACACACACAGCACAACAAUAUCCAUACACACGAUCACAAUGAGCAUAAACACACUCACACUCACGAUCUGCAAAGCAACACUCACAAUGAGCUCAACCACACACACAAUCAGCAUGCACAUACACACACUCACGAUAAACACUCCCAGACCCGCGAAGCUGUCACCCACACAAACGCCCUGGUCUGAUCGAGGACACGCCAUUGGCUCACCGGCUGUGCCAUGUGACUUUCCGAGGAAGAGGAGGAAGAAUGGAUGAUAAUGGAGGAAGAGGAGGAGGACAUGUUGGAAAAGAAGGAGGAGGAGAAAGAGGAAAAAGACAACAAGAGAAGAGGAGAGAUCCUCCUCUCCCUCUGCCUCCUGACCCAGACGAUGUAAACCUCUAAUAUUCAUGUCAACUCUGUCUGAUAAUUAUCAUAGCUGUGGUGUGUGUGUGUGUGUGUGUGUGUGUGUGUGUGUGUGUGUGUGUGUGUGUGUGUGUGUGUGUGUGUG